AUGUUCGACAAAGGCAUACGCAGUUUCGUGUUUAGGUACUUUGCAGCAACCCAGUUUCAGAAGUCAGCAGCGAGGAAAGCUUUUCCUUGCUUCGAUGAACCGCGAUACAGGUCUGUAUUUAAAAUAGGCAUUUCGUAUCCACAGAACAUGAAAGCUUUAUCCAACGCGAAAGAGGAAUCGAAAUUCAUAAGAGAGUUGCACUGGGCAGAAACAACGUUCGAACCAACCAUCGCGAUGCCAACCUACCUCAUGGCCAUCGUCGUUGGCGACUUCGUUCCCACACGUGGCCGCAAAGUACGAAAUACACAGGUAACCGCUAUCCGUUCGAUGUAUGCCUCACUGCAAUAUCCUUGGACGAUUUCUUGUUUCACACCUGAAUUCGUUUCGUAUUUGGAGCACUACUUUGAUGCCCCUUAUCCUCUCGAGAAAUUCGACAUGGUCGCUCUGCCUAUCUUCAAUUACGCAGCGAUGGAAAGCUGGGGAAUAGUGUUGUUCAACGAGCUGAAAUUAAUUUGCGACAGUAGCGUUCAGACUACUCCGGAGAGGCACCAAAACCUGAAUGUAAACUCACAUGAAGCCGCUCACAUGUGGGCUGGCAACUUGGUUGGAGUUGAAAAUUGGCGAAACCUGUGGAUAAGCGAAGGCUUAGCAACAUACUUCUCAUACAAGGCUUUCAAAGCUAUUCCAGAACUAGCACCGAAAGGAAUGCUGACGAUCGAUCAUUUCUUCGAUAUAGUCGAUUAUUUGAAGAACGAACAAAACUUCGCUCCUUGGAAAGUGGUAAAUCCGAUGUUUAACAACAUGGGAUUCCGUAUGAGAGAAAAGCCGGAAAACCUGUAUUUCAUGUCAUAUGCACGAAAAAUUUUCUACCAGCCGUACGAAAAUUUGAACGAAAGCAGCGACGAGUACGUAUUAUUCAAAACUCCGGUUGCGAUUCGCAGAUCCGCCUACUGCUACGCCAUUCAACAAGGCAGCGAAGAGGAAUUUUCGUUCGCUUUAAAGAUGCUCUCCAAUGAAGUCUUGCAAGAGGAGCGAUGCAACCUGAUUUAUGCGAUAUUAUGCACUCAGCAUUCAUACCUGAUCAGAAAGUAA